AUGGCUCGGAAUGUCCUUGAAGUCGAAGCAGAAGUAUCCCUCAUGCGGCCGCGAAACGCGUUCGCAGAUGGCUUGAAAUGCGGUCGAUUGCUCGGUUUCUGCUUGUAUAGAUGCAUAAGCGACCAUCAAAUGGAGGCCCAGAGACAAGAAGCGUUCCGGAAGCUUCGCCCCGCAUGCGUUGAGCUCAGCUCUGCAGCUCUCCAGUUUCGCACACGUCAGAAUCAGCCUAGCGCUGUCCAAAGCGCACUGGACGAUCUGUAUUCCGUGCUUGAGCCUUUGGGCAACGAGAACUCGCUUGAUGCAAAACUUGCCGAAUACGUCUUCUUUCCCUUGUCCCAAGUGUUCAAUCAGACCCAAGCCCUCUCCCAGCGAUGUUUAGAAGUUGCAGUAAAAUGCGUUACAGUGCUUGUUGCGAAGGGAUGGCGAUUUCGGCUGGCCCCGGAGAUGGGCAAGCAGCUGCUGAUUCUCCUAACCAUCCUUGUCGGGGGAACACCAGUUCAGAAUCGAGGACAAGCCGUCUUGAAACCUGAAUCGGAAGAGCUUUCUGUCGCAAGCUUUAUUUGUAUGGACUCGAUUUUUCAAAUGCUCCAAGGGCCGGUUGCCGAAAAGACUAUAUUCAACGAGAUUGGAUCUGCGACUAUCAUCGAUCAGACGGUCUAUCUGCUUUUGGAAGGCAUCACAGAGGGUGCUUCUAAUGCAGUGCAAAAAGCAGCCAUAUCCGCACUCCAAGCCCUUUUCAGCCGAGUCACUGAUAGGAUUAUUCUGGGAAGUAUAAUGCCUCGUGUUGUGUCGGCCUUGACAAAGAUCAUUAAACCGACUACGAAGACCCGCAGGAAUUUCAAAGUCCUGGAGGGAUCUCUUCGCUUACUACGAAGUAUCUUACGGGAUGUCCUCAAUGAUAAGGUUGUCUACGCUGAACAUCAAGGACCCUCUGAAAAGUCUCCAGGUGACAGAGCCGUACUUGACGAAUCAUGGUUAAAAGCAACGACCGUUCAGAUCAAACUUGCUCUUGCAAACGUGGUUCAAAUCAGGCAACAUGAACGACAAACAGUGCGCGGAGCUCUUCUCGAUCUUUGUUUGAUGAUAGUAGAGGAUUGCCCUAAAUCUUUAAAGGACUCCUUGUCUCUCGCAGUGGAGACAAUGGUGGUUCUCUCAGAGGUUGACGAUAGCAAUGUUCAAAAUGAUGCUUAUACCUCCCUACUGCAUCUCGCUACCGUACAUAGUCAAACUGUCGAUACACUUAAAGACUUACUUCAUACGUGGACGACAUCGUUCCAGAGAGUUAUGCAAAGUAACGAUGAAGCUGCAAAGCAACGAGCUAUAAAACAAAUCACGACCUCCUUUCAAUUACUUUCUCAGGUGCAGUCCAGCUCGCAUAUACUAGAGAGCAGUGUCGCGCUAGGACUUUGUGACAGUGUCACAGCAGUCGUUUUAACGUCGAAGUCUGGACCCAUCCUUGUCGACUCUUCUAACUUGGGCAAUAUGGAGCUUGCUGUCAUGGAAAGACCAGCCGCCUCGCAAUCAUUUCCCCCGGUAAUUCUCGAACAUCGCAGCCAGCAGCGGACACUAACAGACCUGAAAUCUAUGGUGACGAGGCUCAACCGCACACAAUCAAGUGAAACUAUCACAAGAUUCAUUAUGAACAAUCUCCACCAAGCUUCUGGAGACACCAUGAUUGCACCAUUUUGGCUUGCAUUGCAAUUCCUCCGGUCGCAAGGAUCGAACAGUAUUGACGAAUUUCUUUCAUUCGAUACUUCAACAUCGUUGUCAUCCCGGACGACCAUGAUCGAGGAAUUAUACUCUGUUGCACUUCCAAUACUUAAUGAACCACCAAAGACAGAGCCAACGGAUUGGAGAGUAUCUGCACUCGGAUUGGAAGCCGUUGCUCUUCAAGCGAAGGAGCUAGGGGAGGAUUUUCGACCAGAGUUGAUCGAUGCCCUGUAUCCUGUCUUACAAUUCCUUGCCUCAAACAACGCUAACCUACAGAACCAUGCUAUGGCGUGUUUAAACAUCAUCACACAUUCUUGCAACUAUCCCGAUACACGCACCAUGCUGAUCGAGAAUGUCGACUAUCUUGUGAAUGCCGUUGCACUCAAAUUAAAUACAUUUGACGUGUCGCCUUAUCCCCCACAGGUACUAUUAAUGAUGGUCAAGCUCUCCGGGGCUGGUCUCAUUCCGUAUCUUGACGACCUUGUGGCUUCCAUAUUUGGUAUCAUUGAUAUGUAUCAUGGCUAUCCUAAGCUAGUUGAGUUGCUCUACUCAAGUCUGGCUGCAAUUGUCGAAGAAGGCACCAAGGCACCUGCUCUGCUCGCCAUCUCUGAGGAUACACAAAAAUAUGAUUUGAGCAAUCGCAAACAGGCAUACGAGCCAUUGCCUGUUGCAAAAAUAGUGGACGAUAUCGCUCGUAGGAAAACAAAACGGGCACGCAUUGAAGAGCUUGAUGCCGAUAUAGAUAAAGGACAUAUAUCAUUUCCGAAACGUCCGUGGACGCGUGAAUUGGAUGGACCUCCUCCACUUCCUAAGGAAGAGAACGAUGACGAUGACCAAGAUCAGGAUUUCAGCGAAAACAUUCUCCACCCGAUAGACGAGUCCAACGAACCUCUUCCUCCACCCAAAGAUCCAGAAGACGCCGAAAAGCCGCUUAGCAAACCGCACAAUCUACUAUUACAAAUCGUCAAGUCCAUUCCUCCACAUCUUUCCUCGCCGUCGCCAUUUCUACGACGCUCACUCCUCUCCCUUCUCAGCCAGGCGCUUCCAGUCUUGUCGAGGAAUCAAACUAGUUUUCUGCCUCUCAUCAACGAACUUUGGCCGCCAGUCAGCUCGCGAAUUGCGCCUCCAUCAACCGCAGCCUCUGUACGCCUCACAACAAUCGGCGGUCCCCCUUCUUCUUCCGCUUCAACUUCGACAGAUCUCGUCUCACGACAAAUCACCACCAAUAAAUCUUCCAGUGAAAGCGACAUAGCAAUUAAAGAAGAAACCUUCGUCACAGACGCCGCCUGCAACGCUGUAGCGAGCAUGUGUGAACUGGCCGGAGACUUCAUGGCAUCUCGUGUCGAAGCCGAAUACCCACGCUGGCGACGACUAUACAAGGAUAACUGGAACAAAGUGCUCAUAGAUGCAGAGAGAAACCUUGAACGACGACAAUGGAGUGAAAAGAGAGCACAGCAGAAUCCGACCAACCAUUCUUCCUCUUCUUCGUCGCAACACCUAGACCUAACACUAUCCAGUACCACCUCCCGCUCCUUUACACAACAUCAUAUCAUCUGGCGAUCUUUCCUCACUCUCUUCGUGAAGGUACUCAGUCACGUCCGCCUCCCAUUGGCAGUUGGAGACGAAAUCUGCGAAUUCAUCGGGUCCUGGAUAACGAAAUUCAUGGGCUCGAAAUACUAUCAUCAUCAUCAACAACAACUUCGCGAUGAAGAAACUGCAGAAAACAGUGAUGAUGUGAAACUCGUUCAUAAUGCAUUACGAGCCAUGGAAGCAUGGAAUAAGGAUUUGACAUGGUUCAUUUUCUGGCAGGGUUUAAUUGAUACGACGAAUACAAGUGGUGAUCGAUGGCGGUUACCAGAGAAAUUACAGAGGUUUAAUAAUAAUGGUGGUAAUCAUAACAGGGCAUGGGGAUUUGCAUCUACUGAGUUGAUAUAG